AUGGAAAAGAAGAACCUAUCCAACUUGGAGGAAUUUAUUCUCUUGGGAUUCCCAGGGACAAAGGGUUUGCAGAUAUCUCUCUUUCUGUUGUUCUUUGUAAUGUACAUGCUCACAGUAAUGGGCAACAUGGCCAUCAUCACCUUGGUAUGGACCAAUCAGCGCCUUCAGACCCCCAUGUACUUUUUCCUCUGUAAUCUCUCCUUCCUGGAGAUCUGGUUCACCACAGCCUGUGUCCCUAAGACUCUGGCUAACUUUGCAUCUCAGAGCAAAGCCAUCUCCUUCAUCAGCUGUGCCACUCAAAUGUACUUUGUCUUUUCCUUGGGGUGCACUGAGUAUUUUCUCCUGGCUGUGAUGGCAUAUGACCGCUAUCUGGCCAUCUGCUACCCUCUGAGAUAUAGCACCAUCAUGACUCACACCGUCUCAGCCCAUCUUGCCCUGGGUUCCUGGGUGUGUGGCUUCUCAGCCAUCACUGUGCCCACUGUACUCAUCACUCGACUCUCCUUCUGUGCUUCCCAUGUCAUCAAUCACUUCUUCUGUGACAUUUCCCCAUGGAUUGUGUUAUCCUGCACUGACACAAGGGUAGUAGAACUGGUGUCUUUUGGCAUUGCCUUUUGUGUCAUCUUGGGCUCUUGUAUCAUCACCUUGGUCUCCUACAUCUAUAUCAUCUCCACCAUCGUGAGGAUCCCAUCAGCCCAGGGGAGAUACAAGGCCUUUUCCACAUGUUCCUCCCACCUUACUGUGGUUCUUAUCUGGUAUGGUUCUACCAUUUUCUUGCAUGUGAGAACUUCUGUUGAGAGCUCCCUGGACUUGACCAAAGCCAUUACGGUCUUGAACACCAUUGUCACCCCUGUACUCAACCCCUUUAUAUAUACUCUCAGGAACAAAGAUGUAAAGGAAGCCUUUUGGAAAACAGUCAGUGGGAGGUGA